GAGUAGAGAACGGAUGAAGGUCCUCCACAUUCAUCAAGACAUUUUCAACACGAUGACAUCUCUGAAGUUUGCUUUACAUCUGACUUGUUUUUGCUUGUGGAGAAUUGCUCUGGCAUCUACUCAACAACUUAAAUUGUCCCCAUCUGUGCGUCAAGAGACGGGUUUUAUAUCAGCUUAUAUUGGCGAUAGCGUGACAUUACGGUGUUUCUAUAAGGAUGAUGUCGCAGCAAUGUUCUUCUGGUAUAAGCAAACUCUGGGAGAGAAACCAAGGCUCAUCUCAUCCUUCUAUAAGCAUGAUAAAAAUGGCACAUUUAUUGAUGAAUUAAAAAAUGAUCCACGAUUCACACUGGAAUCUAAAAAUGGAAACUAUCACUUGACAAUCUCGAAGUUACGCAUUUCCGACUCGGCUACUUACUACUGCAUAAGUAUCUAUGCCUACCAGUUUCAAUUUACCGAGGGCACCACUGUCGAUGUAAAGGGUUCAGGUUUGAAGAUCCAAGCUACGGUCCAUCAGUCAGCAUCUGAGAGCAUCCAGCCAGGAGGCUCUGUGACUCUGAACUGUACAGUACACACUGGGACCUGUGAUGGAGAACACAGUGUUUACUGGUUCAAGAAGUCGGAAGAAUCUCAGCCAGGACUCAUUUACACCCAUGGAGACAGGAAUGAUCAGUGUGAGAGGAAACCCAACACACAAACACACACCUGUGUCUACAACCUGCCUAUCAAGAACCUGAGUCUUUCUCAUAAUAUGACCUACUACUGUGCUGUUGCCACAUGUGGACACAUUCUGUUUGGAAAUGGGACCAAGCUGGAAUUAGUGGAUAAGGUGGAAUCUCCCGAAUCUCUUGUGUAUUUCUUGAGCGCAGCUUUGGCUUUCACCACCAUCCUGGUUGUUUUAUUGGCUCUCUCAGUGUACAAGGUGAACAAGAGAAACAGCUGCCAAUGUACAGAGUGUCAAACAGCUUCCAACACAGCAAAUGCAGAGGGUUACCAAGAUGUAGACAACCUCCAUUAUGCUGCGUUAAGGGAUCCCAGGACCAACAGAUCAAGAAAAGAGAGAGACAACACCGUCAGUGAAUGUGUGUACUCCAGUGUAAGGCCGUAGAACUGGACAUGUUUCACUUGUACUCGGUUUUUUGGUAGGCUGUGAUUUUGUCAACACCUGUUAACAUAUCGUCAACGUUGGGUAAAAACCUUGAACGUCCAAAAUCAUUGUUUUUAAGAAAAUUAUAAAAAGGCAUAUUCUGAAACAUUUUAUUGAACCAUGUACCUCGGACAAAGUCAGACAAAAUUGCUUUGUCAUUGUUUAAAUAGUUGUAAAAACCAACAUACAGACGUAAAGAGUGAUCAAUCGCAUUGAAAAAAAUUUAUGACGAAAUAUAGAGAAAUAAGGUUUCUGCCCUACAGCUAUGAUAUUACGAUAUUGAGAAGUGAUGUAGAUUUUCUUGAAACAAACUUUUUUAGAAAUGUCUACAUUUUUUAAAUAUGAAUUCCUAUAAGUAUAACUACUUGAACAACCUUGUGCAAUGACAGUAUAGCUGUCUGAUGUGGGUUUUUAUGUGCUGGCAAAGCUGCCAUAUUUCCACUCUCACUAUAGCAGUUGUAUCAGUCUCUCACUGCUGGACUACUAAAAACACGAGAUGUAGGCCUACCACUUCAUUUGCAAAGCAUAACGUUAACCAUUGACAGUGUGUACAUGUCACAGAACCUGACAACAUAUUAUUCUCAAUUCCAUUCCUGGUGAAAUACUGUAUGAUUUAGUCUUUGCAUGUUUUUGUACAUGUUGCUACAAACCCACUGAUGUAAGAAUCUUUGUCUAACUUCCCUUGUGUUCUGCAAUAAAAAGAUGAGAUAAAAACAGUACGGAUGCUUUGUGAAGGGUCGGACAUAUGCUUAGUUUUUGUUUCCAUGUGGUUUCAAGUAGGAUGUCUUCACAUUGUAGUACAAAGAUUUAUUUUCUUUUUAAAUAUGUUGUGUUUGUAUGUUUUAUAUUCCAUUGUUUCCAAGAAAACACAUAAAUAUUAAUAAACUGUAAAUAUCG